ACCGCAUGCACAGUAGUCACCUGCUGAGAUAAAUAUUCAAACAAUUAUGGGCAUCAAAGGGCUGGGUGUGGACCUUGUACAGGUUUCUAGGAUACGCAACGCCAUACGUAGGAGCGGCAACAGAUUCCUGGAGAAGGUAUACGUAAGUUCAGAAAUAGACGAGUACAACAAACGCAAGUUGGCAAGCGAAUCGAGUGCACACCAGUAUCUGGCUUCGAGGUGGGCAGUGAAAGAGGCGGUGUACAAAGCAGUUAAUCCACAUGUCAUCUCCUGGAGGGACACGUCGGUGCGUAAAAACGCGAACGGGCUGCCUGAAAUACAGCCAAGUGUACACCUUCGGCAAAUCCUUAACACUGUCGGCGUGAAUAGGAUUUUCCUCUCCAUAUCGCAUGACGGCGAUUAUGCCAUGGCACAGGUUAUUCUGGAAGCGUAGGCGAUACUUCGAACUCUUGCACAACCAUAGUUAUUACAAAUAUAUAAUGAAUAUUAAACCCCCA